AUGCACGACGAGACGCUCAGGCUCAUGAACCAGGGCUACACACCGGUGGGCGACUUAGACACAUAACAUGGAGGCAGGCACCCAGGCACCCACGCGGGCAGGACGCCUCCCUGUCUGCCUGCCUGAUUCAGGUCGAAGUUGGACAACUUCAACGACUUCGAGGGGUGCUCCUUUCCCACCGUGUUUCCCUACGGUAAACUAUGGCAAACGUGCCUGCCUGCCUGCCUGCUUAUUCACUCCCUCUGUCGUCUUGCUGCCUGUCUGUCUGUCUGUCUGUGGGAGUAUGUGCCAACAGGUAUCGGCAUGUUCGCUCCGAACGAGUCAAAAGACAUGAGCUUCAUCGAGUACUGCCAGUAUCUCAAGGCGCAGUAUCGGCCACCGACUGCGGUCAACUGGCACCUGUGGGCAGACGCCAUGAUGGCCGCCCUGCCAGAGUAUGCGCAGCGCCACCCACAGGACGAACGCCUCAAGACCGUCAUGCCCGCCUCACAGGGGGCAGACGAGCCGAAGCAGCCGACGGGUGAGAGUGGCUGUGUGGUGGGUUAG